GGUCAACAUAGUUUACUAUAAAUACGACCAUUUUGUAAUCCACUCGUUUAUACCUUUGAAUGUUAUACAUUCACGCGUUCUCAAUCAAUCCAUAAUCCCUAAUCCACAAUUCAAUUCAAUUCAAUUCUCUCACCCUUGUUUUACUGCUACACACUCAUGGGUUCUUCUCCAAAUUCAAAGCCUAAAAUUGUUAGAGGCUCUGCCGGUUAUGUUCUCGAAGAUGUUCCUCAUUUAUCCGAUUACAUUCCAGAAUUACCAGCUUAUUCUAAUCCACUACAAGACCAUCCUGCUUAUUCAGUAGUCAAGCAAUAUUUCGUGCACAUCGAUGACAGUGUUCCUCAAAAGAUUAUUGCUAACAAAGAUAGUCCGAGAGGGACACAUUUUCGGCGUGCCGGACCUCGUCAAAGGGUAUAUUUCGAACCAGAUGAAGUUCAGGCUGCUAUAGUGACAUGUGGGGGUUUAUGCCCUGGACUCAACACCGUUAUUAGGGAGUUAGUAUGUGGAUUAUACCAUAUGUAUGGUGUCAAGAAAAUUUUGGGAAUCAGUGGAGGAUACAAGGGCUUCUAUGCUCACAAUACAAUCCCUCUAACUCCUAAAACCGUAAAUGAUAUACACAAGCGCGGCGGAACUAUCCUUGGUUCCUCGCGAGGUGGACAUGACACCACUAAAAUAGUCGACAGUAUUCAAGAUAGGGGAAUCAAUCAGGUUUAUAUAAUAGGAGGAGAUGGAACUCAGAGGGGUGCAUAUAGAAUUUUUGAGGAAAUUAGAAAACGUGGCCUCAAGGUUGCAGUUGUAGGAAUCCCCAAAACCAUAGAUAACGAUAUUCCGGUUAUUGACAAGUCCUUUGGCUUUGACACGGCUGUUGAGGAGGCUCAACGUGCUAUAAAUGCAGCUCAUGUUGAAGCUGAAAGUGUUGAAAACGGCAUAGGUGUUGUCAAGCUGAUGGGACGGUACAGUGGAUUUAUUGCAAUGUAUGCUACUCUUGCGAGUCGGGAUGUGGAUUGUUGCUUAAUUCCGGAGACACCCUUUUACCUUGAAGGUCCAGGUGGACUUUUUGAGUUUGCAGAGAAAAGACUAAAAGAAAAUGGCCACAUGGUUAUUGUGAUUGCUGAAGGAGCAGGACAGGAACUUGUUUCUGAGAGCAUCCAAGCCAUGCAGAAGCAGGAUGCUUCCGGAAACAAACUUCUUCAAGAUGUUGGGCUAUGGAUAUCACAGAAGUUGAAGGAUUAUUUUGCUAACCAGAAGACAAUGGGUAUAACUCUCAAAUAUAUAGAUCCUACCUAUAUGAUUCGAGCUGUUCCAAGCAAUGCUUCUGACAACGUAUACUGCACACUUCUUGCUCAAAGUGCUGUUCAUGGAGCAAUGGCAGGUUACACUGGUUUUACCAGUGGGCUUGUGCAUGGAAGACAAACUUAUAUACCCUUUAACAGAAUCACUGAAGGACAGAACACAGUAGUGAUAACUGAUAGAAUGUGGGCUAGGCUUUUAUCUUCAACAAAUCAACCCAGUUUUUUGAUGGCUAAGACUGUCAUUGAAGAGAAGAAAGAAGAAGAAGAAGAAGAAGAAGAAGAAGCAGCAGCAGCAUCUAAUCAGUAGGACGAGCAUUGUUCAUAUAACCAUUUUGUUAUCUAAAAAGUGGGCAGUAUUUAUCACUCGCUAUGUCUGUACAUGUUAUUACCAUCAUUUUAGCCUCUACCUUGUUUUAAUUGUAACUUGAAAGUAGUAUAUAUAAUGAGUCAAUUUUUUUGUCUUUCCACGUCCAUAAUGUCAGUGGAAAGCUAAAUCUUACAUUAGGAAGAUAUAUUCUUUUGUAAUGUUUUAGUUUCAAUUUCUUAUCCACGACUCACCUAGUGGUAGAUUGAACUUUAAGUAUAUAACUUGCUGGAUUUAGACGUGUUUACCAAUGUGAACAAAAUUGUUUGAA